UCUGGUUUUGUAAUGAGUCACUGACUGGCAAAGGUCUCUGAAUUCCACACCAGUUCAACUCCAUUAAUUAUAUGAACUGAAAUGAAAAUAGGAAUUGCUUAUUGCUUCUCUCCAUUAUACAACCCAUUUUAAUGCAAAGCCUUUUAAGAAAAGUCAAGAUCUCAAACAAUCAAUUAGAUGAUUGAAUAUUAUAGGUUAUUGAAAAUUACUUCAUUUACCUUUGAAAUACGUAAUUCGGUUGAUAAAUUUCCUGUACAUUUAAUAGCUGCUAAAAAGUCAACCAUGCAUUUCCCACCUUGGGAAUUGCCUAAUAUGUUUACCACAUGCUUCCAUUUAGAAAAGUUCCACAUUAGUCACAACUUCUCACUCUUGACUGAAUUUUUCAUACUUGAACAGAAACAGACCUAUUCCAAGAAUUAUAUGAAAAACUAAUACCGAAGAAGUGACUCAAGGGAGCUAUCAAUUAUGGAUUGACAUAAUCCAUGAAAGUCUACCUCCUUGUUUGAAUCUGUUAUACUAAUGAAGAAGUCACACUUCAUUUGAGUAAUGUGAACCACUUUUCUUCAUACUUUUUACUGAUCACAGCUGAGAGAUUAUAUCACUAGCUGGUUUCCACUUCCUGUACCAGGAGCUGACAGGAGUAUAAAGCUGUGUGCCUGGUGCAGAACUCGAAGGGAUUGUAUUUGUCUCGAGGAUAGAACUGGCACCUUGCUGCUGGCUCCAACCUAUAGAAUAUGCCGCUGAAGUCUUUUGAAUGCUGGUCCCUGCUCUUUUUCUUCUUCCUUCCAUUUUGCCUAUGCCAGGAAGAAUACUCGGAGGUGAGCGUGAACAUUAUUGCAAACUUGACAAAAGUAGUUGAGAACAAUGACACUUCCAGGUAUUUAAAGAACCAACAGACCGAAGCUAAGAACCACCAAAAUCGGGUAGAUUCCAGACCAUCAGCAGCUGCCAAGACAGAAAAAAAUCAAAAAAAGCCGAAAAGAAAAAAAAUUGAAACUAAGGUGAUAGAACAGCCAACUUCUGUUAGCAUCCAGGAACAACAUGAGGUUGUGGAUAGGCCUUCUCGUUUAGAAUGUACCCAUUGCUGUUACCGAGGAGAGCCUGGUCCUCGGGGUUGGCCUGGUCCCCCUGGUCAGUCUGGAAUUCCAGGAAACCAUGGAAACAAUGGAAAUAAUGGUCUCCCAGGACGAGAGGGAACAAAAGGAGUUCAAGGAAAUAAAGGUGACAUGGGACCCCGAGGAGAGCGUGGAAUUCAAGGAAUUAAAGGAGAGAAGGGACAAGCUGGAAUUCCUUCUGAACUCAAGGUUGCUUUUAUGGCUUCCAUGGCAACCCAUUUCACAAACCAGAACAGUGGUAUCAUCUUCAGCAGUGUUGAGACCAAUGUUGGCAGCUACUUUGAUGUCAUGACCGGGAGAUUUAGUGCACCUAUAGCAGGAGUUUAUUUCUUUAUUUUCAACAUGAUGAAGCACGAAGAUGUAGAAGAGACAACAGUUUACCUAAUGCAUAAUGGAAAUGCCGUCAUUACCAUGUAUAGUUCGGAAUCCAAAGGCAAGCAUGAUUCUGCAGGAAACAGUGGAGUUCUGAAACUUGAUACAGGAGAUGAAGUGUGGCUGCGAAUGGGGAAUGGAGCACUGCAUGGAGACCACCAAAGAUAUUGCACAUUUUCCGGUUUCCUCCUCUUCGAGAGUAUCUAAAAACCUUGAUUAUUAAUGUUGUUCCUUAAUAAUGUACACAGAAUGUAAUAAAGAAUUCUGAGUGUGUUGCUAUGCUAUGGCCCACUUUAGAGAGGAAA